UGCGACGUUCAGUUCCUUACACAGCCGCAUUGAAGAAAAUACAAAUAUUUUACUAUAAAAUCACAUUAAAUAAUUUGAAAAAAUGUUCAAAAUUUUGAAAAUCAUAAUUACAUUAUCUAUCGCCGUCAAUUGCAUCGCAGCCGAGUCACUUCAUUCUAUAUGUGAGAAUAAUAUUUGCUAUUGCAAAGAGGGCACACACAACGCAACCUCAGCUACUGGCCAACAAUAUUGUGCUCUAGACAAGGUGGAACCUUGUACUCCGCAUGCUGUGCGUAUAUCGCCAAAAGUUUGCGAAUGCAUAAAAGGAUAUGAAUACAAAGAUUUUGAACGCACAACCUGUGUACGGUCGAGUAAGCCAGGUUGGAAGGCGGAAGCCACAACAGAAACUUCAAUUGAUGAUUUCACAGAUGAUUAUCUAGAUGAAAUUUCUGAGCGCAACAAACCGAAUGAGGAGGAUGUAAAAUUAAAAGAUCUACCAACAACAACAUAUGUGCCUACAACUACAAUCACAACAACGCAUAGUGUAACAACCACAAAACAAGCACCAGCAGAUGAAACAAAUUGUAAUAAAUUUUAUUUAUGGGUUGGUGUAGCAAUAAUUGCGAUUGCCGCUUUAGUGUCAUUAACUACACUUUGUUGCCUUUGGAAUCGGUGAUAUACAUAAUCAUAUCAAAACAAACAAAAACACAGUUUAAAGCAAUUAAAAUCAUAUGGAAACUUAAAUUUUUUCGUUA